AGCAGCACGUGAAGGCACCUCGAGUGUGUUGCUGAAGACGGGGGGAAAGGAAGUGCUGUCAUCGUAACAAAUCGCUGCCACGUCUGUAGGCUCCUCUGGUCGGAGCACCGGGAUGGGCCGGUGCUGGGCGGUGGUAGAGGGAUGAGAGGAAGAAGGGGGAGUGACCGUGGAAACUGGAGAGGAAGGCACAGAGGAAACACGUAGAGCAACAACGGGAGAGCGGCUCCAGCCUGGAGAAGGAGUGAGCGCUGUCUUUUCCUUGAGUCCUGUCUACUGCUGCUGCUGCUGCUGCUGCUAUUGUUCAGACAGAGAGGGGCUAUCCCUGCGGGUUUCUCUGGCUCAAGAGGAGGGGGGUCCCCCAUGCUAAGCUCAGGGAGAAUGGAGGAAUUCGUGACCGAAGAGGAAGAGCCGUGGUACGACCAACAGGACCUGGAGCAGGAUCUCCACUUGGCAGCAGAACUGGGCAAGACUCUGCUGGAGAGGAACAAGGAGCUGGAGGACUCUCUGCAGCAGAUGUACAUCACCAACGAAGAGCAAGUGCAGGAGAUUGAGUACCUGUCGAAGCAGCUGGAGGUGCUCCGGGACAUGAACGAGCAGCACGCCAAAGUGUACGAGCAGCUGGACGGGACGGCCAGAGACCUGGAACGCACCAACCUCACGCUGGUGACGGACAGCAAGGCGUCGCAGCAGAAGAUCGAGAGAUUAACGGGGACUAUCGAGGCUUUGCAGAACCAGGUGGAGUCUCUGUCCGGGCAGGUAGAGCAGCUUCGGUCCAUGGAGCAGCUUCGAGUCAGGAGGGAGAAGCGAGAGCGACGCAAGACCAUCCACUCGUUCCCUUGCCUGAGGGAGCUUUGCACUGCGCCCAGGUAUGAGGACGAGUUUGUGGUGGGCAGAGCUGAGAGCUUUACCGUGGAAACCAAGCGUCAGCCGUUUGAAGAAGAGAACCAGCACCUGAGGGAGGCGGUGUCGGCCCUGCGAGCCGCCGUCUGGACUGAGAGGGGCCGUAGGGAGGUGGUGGAGAAGGAGUGCAACCUCCUGAUUGGGGAGUUCUCUCGGCUGCAGACGCGGGUUCAGGACGCUGAGAGCUGCCAGGCAAGGGUUCGGGAGUUGGAGGUGGAGCUGCAGGAGCUUCAGCAGCUACGUCGCGCUCGGACUUUCCUGCUGAGCAGCGAGGACGACGGCGUGGCUCUCACCCAGACUGUCCUCAGCAUCACCCCGGAGACCGACACCUUCCUGGAGGCGGAGGCUGGGGAGACGGGAGGAGGCGUGAGGGAGGAGACCGAAGGCGGACGGGGCGUUGGAGGCGAGGCGUUGCCCGAGUCCAGCCCCGUGAGGAAAAGCUGCAGCGACACAGCGCUCAACGCCAUCGUGGCCCGGGACGCGUCCGGCCGCAGGAGAGUCAGCUACGCCCUCCACGCCAACAGUGUGAGGAAGAGAGGGAUGUCCAUCCUCAGGGAGGUGGACGAGCAGUACCACGCCUUACUGGAGAAAUACGAGGAGCUGUUGGGGAAGUGUAGGCGCCACGAGGAGAACCUGUGUCACGCCGGGGUCCAGACCUCCAGGCCCGUCUCGCGAGACCCUUCCAUGAAAGACUGUGCCAUGGGCUCCACCCCUGCACCGCCUCCUACUCCCACCCAGUCUCCUUCCACGCCUGAAGCCAUUGAGAGCAUCAGCAAGCAGGUGGAGGCGGUGGAUAAGCGGCUGGGGCAGAACACUCCAGAGUACAAGGCCCUUUUCAAGGAGAUCUUCUCUCGUAUCCAGAAGACCAAGAUGGACAUCAAAGCUACCAAAGCUGCUAAAGCAAGCAAGUCUGGGAAAUCAGGAAAAUCUAGUAAACACUAAAUGUACAUGCAUUUAGUGGAAAUUCACGUUAACUGAGGUGAAAUCAACGGGAUUUUCACACAGAACUGAAAAUGAAACUGGAAAAAAAAAAAAAAAAAAAAAGAAUCUGGCUCGCAUGUGAUUGAAUUUUUGCGAUAUUCAGACGCAUACAAGCAUAUAGAACAUGAAUGAAUCUGUUUAGGCCUAUCCCCACAUAUUCUUCCGUUCCAACUAAAUCUAUAUUGGCUUCACUGCCUUAUUACCUUACACACUACACCCACAGUACCACAGCAGUAGCAAUAUGUUGCUCAUAAGUGCACUAACAGUAAAAAGCUCUACAGAAAAACACAAAAACUCUGCAUCUCUGACAAGAAUACGAGUUUAAAUCUAACCUAAUAUUAACAUGAACCUGUACCUUGUGUUUAUUAUAAAGGAACUAUACUAACCUUUGUUUAAUUGCGCUAACACAAAGCUUGAGCUUACCUUUCAAGCCACAGUGCUGUCAGUCUACAAAAAAAAAAAAAAAGACCUUGAGGUGCUAAUGACUCUACUCCUUCUACGUCUGUCACUUCUCACAUUAACACUGUUGAAAAUUUAAUACAACUUUUGUCUGAAUGAGGUUGCUACAGUUUAUUUUAAGAUUUAUAGUGCCUCGGCAGGAAUAGUCCAGGUUAAUUUACCACUCCCUCUCCCAGUGCUGAUAAACUAAGCUAAGCUAAGCUAAGCUAAGAUAACCCAACCAUCUGCUGGCAGUAGCUUCAACAAAGUGUUUGUUAGAUGUGACAUGAAAUUACGAUGCUAACAUUAAAACUGGUGUUGCCUUCAAAUGGGGUCGUCUUUACCAUGAACACAGGAAGUAUCUGAACAGAUGGCUAUUAACAAACUGCUGUCAAAGAUGGUGGAGGACAUGGAAGUUUUUUUUUUUGUGGAAAAUUAAUACAGUAUAUUGUAAUUUAGCCACAUGUAGUUUUCUUUGUAAUUUUACAGUGUGUAUGAUGAAACUGUUGUACUAUUCUAGACAGCCUCAUCCUUUCUACGUUAAGUUUUCAUGUCGCUAGCUUGCUAACUGUUAGCCUCGGCGACUUCUAGAUGUUGACGGUUGCCUAGCAACUCACAAUUUGUGGCGACGGUUUCGCAGCGGACACCAAGCAUUUGAUAGUGUACAUGACUCCCCCCGACGUGACCACAAGUGCACCAGAUCCAUCUGAAGGUAGCAUGAGACUGAAACUGGUUUUACAUUUACAAAUUGAAUCCCUCCACUGUGUGUCACUUCAGCUCUCUUAUGAGUACUGAAGUGACUUGAUAUUAAUAUAGAGUAGUGAGUAUAUGAUCUGAUUUUAUUGUAGUUUUAGAUAGUGAAUGAGUUGAGUUCUAUGAGUGAUUAUCCCAGUAAAUUAUUAGAAGCUGCUGUCUGAGACAAGAUGCAAAGGACAAUCUCUGCAGAUAGUUGUUUUCACUAUUUCUGGGCAUUAUGAAGACUCAUCCUACAGAAUAGGAUAUAGUAUAUAGCCUUCACUACUGUAUAAACUAUUUUAGAGACAGAUUUGUUUCUACAACUAACAGACCAAACAAUAAGAAGAAGCAGAAAUAUGAAAGUGAAUGAGCUUUGUCAUUGACAUUAUUGGGAGAGCACAGAAAAGGCCAUUUAAUGUAGACGACAUGAACGUUUGUGCGGACUGGAUUUAAAUAAAAUAAUCUGUGGGGCUUUUUCUUAACACAAGUGUUAAGGCAGUUGUUUUUUUUUUUGUAUAAAAGAAAAUGUAACCAGUAUAAGGCUUCAAACCAGGGCUUUAUCUAACACCUAGUAGUCUUACCAAACUAUAAAACUGACCUGCAAACAUAUUGCACCUUUUUCACAAUAUACAAUACCUAUGCCUUUCCUUCUGGGUGACUUCCUGUAUGUAAACCUUUGUUAUAAUGAAUGUUGUUACAGCUAAUAUUUUAUACCCGAUUCUACAGUAAUGUCAAAGACAUAACCAAGCUUGAAACCUUUUUGUGGCACAGCUGACAACUGAGGGACCCUACACUAGUGUCCAAGGCAGGAAGUGUGUAAAAAAGGAGGUGUAUGAUGGAGGUCUGAUGGAUUUCUGGAAAGAAGAGAUGGAUUCAUAGAGAAGGUGUCUUGAGGUAAAGUUUGCAGUAAUGUAAUUGUAAUGGAUAACUGUAGUGUGAGGUGCAUUUGAGUUCAACGCUCGUGGCUUUUAGAAUGAUUCAAGUGUAAGGAAAUGGGAGUAUGUGUUAGCGUAGAUGAAAUGAUGCCAAACCAGGGCCUGUUAUAAUUUUCUAAAGGCUCAUGAGGUUUCUGUACUGUAAUGUCUUACCUAUUGCACUUGAAAAUGUCUUAUGCCUCAUCUUUUGCAUAUUUAGCUAGUUUGUACCUUUGUGUAUUUAUUUGUGUGAAGUUUUUUUUUUUUUUUUUUUUACUUUGUCAGUGCCUACAUGUGAAUGUCAAUAACAUGUUGUCAGAAUAAACUUAUUUAAUUUGAUUUUACUUUUAUUAUCAAGUUUAAAGCUGUGCAUUAUAAGUUUGUAAGAUAUAUGAGUUAAGUCUGGUCUGACAUUAGUUCAUAUCGUUACUGAACCGAGACCUACUUUGCCAUGUUAAUAAAGCAUUCAAUAUAA